AUGGGGACGAUACCGAGGGGACGAUACCCGGAUACACCAUUCUCCGUUCUAAUAGAAAAAAGAAAACUGGCACCUAUAGCCAGGAAACUAAGAGAAGCUAAUAUACACUACAUUUGGGGAAUGGAGAGGUACAUCCCAACAGAAAUCAGGGGAGAGAGCCGCACAAUAAUAUCGGAGGAUGACCUGGAACUUUUCCUACAAUUUGCGGGCCUGUCAGACAUGCCGCAGCAGGGGAUCUCACCACCACCUACCAAGAAACCAGAGGAAUCGGAGAGCAUCGACAAGUGCAGGCACAGCAUGCCGCCCAACAACAAAGCCAAGAGACUGACACCAUUGCCCAGAGUCACAGGACCUUGA